AUGCAAAACGACAUCCACGUCGUCGCCCUCGCCCAGGUCCAGGGGGAGGCCGAAAGGAGAGAAGCCAUCAGGGCACACUACCAGAAACAAGCAGCCACGGGCGCCGUCGGGCCCAAGUGCCGGUCGGCCCUGCUCAGGUCGCAGAGCCUGGGGCAGGCCACGGUGCACGCCGUCUUUGGCGGCCAGGGAAGCCACGCGGGCUACUUUGAGGAGCUGCGGACGGCCUACAAGACGUACGGGCCCCUGGUCGAGGACUUUGUCGAGCCGCUCGCGCGCGCCCUGGUCGAGCUCUCGCUGGACGGCCGCGCCCGCGCCGAGUUCGCCCCCCACGGGCUCGACGUGCUGGCGUGGCUGCGGCACGAGGACCGCACGCCGCCGGCCGAGUACCUCGACGCGGCGCCCGUCAGCUUCCCGCUCGUCGGGCUCCUGCAGCUGGUGCAGCUCGCGGCCGUCUUUGUCGGCCUGGGCUGCGGGCCCGAGGACCUGCCGUCGCUCUUUGGCGGGGGCUUCACGGCCCGCUCGCAGGGCGUCGUGGCCGCCGUGGCCGCGGCCGAGGCGGCCAACUGGCCCGGCUUCCAGGAGGCCGCGCUCAAGGCCGUCACGGUCCUGUUCUGGACCGGCGUCCGCUGCCAGCAGGCCUUUGUCGACGCGCCCCUGCCCGACGGCAAGGCGGCGCAGCUGGAGCAGGCCGGCUUCGGCGCGCCGUCGCCCAUGCUCGCCAUCAGCGGCCUGCCCCGCAACAAGUUCGAGCGCGCCAUCUCCGAGAUCAACGCCUUCUUGGCAGAGGACGCCCGCAUGGUCGUCUCGGUCGUCAACUCGGCCUGCGACGACUUUGUCGUCAGCGGGCCGCGCCGCACCCUGGCCGCGCUGGUGGACGCGCUCGAGGGCGUGGCCGGGCCGGCGCUCGAGGGCCGCCGCCGCUGCCGCGUCCGCUUUCUCCCCACCAGCGUGCCUUGCAACAGCUUCCUCCUGGCCAGCGCCGUGCCCAUGAUCGAGGAGGACCUGCGGGGCGUGACGGUGCCGUCGGCGGCGCUGCGGAUCCCCGUCAACCAGCUCGUCGACGGCGUGGACCUGCGGGCGGCGUCGCACAACCUCGUGCCCACCAUGGUGCGCCUGAUGGCGUCAGAGCCCGUCGACUGGUCCCGCGCCGAGUUUGCGGGGGUUACGCACGCUGUCGACUUUGGCCCGGGGUGUGCUGACGGCGACGGCGCCGGCGCUCUUGUGCACCGCUUGAGUGCGGGUGUUGGCCCUCGUGUUCUGGUUGCUGGCAGGCUCGAGAUGCCCGCCGGUUCGGAGCUGGGCGCCAUCACUGAGCUUUUCGACCAUGUUGACCCGGCCUUCGCUCGAGAUGACAGCCAGGCCGACGCCAUCCAUGACAAGGCCGGCCUGCUCAUCCAACCCCAGCCCUGCACAGAGACGCUGGCCAAGUCGUUUCGUAUCGCAUCCCUGACCACCCAAGAGCUCGCCUCUGUCCUCUCUAGCGGCGAUGAUAGCGGUUGGAGAAAGGCGCUCUUCUCGUCACCCGCCAUCGAGCGGGACGGCGCCGUCGUGCCCAACCCCGUGCUCAAGCUCAUCUCGUCAGCCGCGGCCGACACGGUCGACGUGCUCGACGACAAGCUGUCGUUCCACCGCGCCGGCGACCUCAUCCUGUACGUGUCGCGGGGCGCCGACGACGACAUCACCGUCAUGCCCUUUACGUGGGUCACGGCCAGCAACAACCUGGUCUCGCUCGCCAUGCGGUUUGAGUACCGCGCCGGCGCCAACGACGACACCAUGCCCACCAUGCCCACCAUCCGCGAGGUGACCAAGGACCGCGACCGCCGCGUCUACGACAUGUACCGCCAGCUGUGGCUGCGCGACGUCGCCGACCGCGCCGCCACGGAGCAGGGGCAGCCCGAGACCAACGUGUUUGAGGCCGCCGUCGCCGUCGAGCAGGACCGCGUCGACGCCUUUAACCGCGCCGUCGGGAACAACACCAUCGGGAACAACACCACUACUGCUAGUAGUAACAACGUCCCCGUCGAUUUUGCCAUGGUGGCGGCCUGGAAGCCCAUCUCGCAGGCGCUGCUGCAGGACCCCGUCCAGGGCGACCUGCUCUCGCUCGCGCACCUGUCGAGCAGCUAUGAGGCGGCACCGGGGGCAGCCCCGCUCACCGUCGGCGAGUCGCUGCUGGCGCGCGCCUACGUCUCGUCCAUGACCGUCGACGCCGCCGGCAAGACGGUCGAGGUGGCGUGCCAGCUGCUUCGUGACGGCGGCGGCGGCGACGUCGCCUUGACGCUUCGUUCGCGCUUCCUGUUCCGCGGCGGCCGCCACGACGCCUCGUCAGCCUUUUCCCGCGCCGUCGACGACAGGCACGAGGUGCUGCUGGCCACGCCCGGCGACCAGGCCGUGCUGCUCUCGCAGCCGUGGUUCCGCCCGGCCGGCUUCCACGACCUGGACCGCGCCGCGCUCGAGUUCCGCGUUUGCACACUCGCUCAACGCGGCGAGCACACCACCACGGGCGACGUCUUUUUGCGCCCGCGCCAUGGUGGCCACCUCGUCCAUAUGGCCACCAUCUACAGCCACGGCGUCAACACCGCCGCCAACCCCGUGACGGCAUAUCUCGCCCGCGCCGGCAGGCCACUUAACCGCACCGCACCUGAUGAGAGCCAACCUACUACCACAACCACCACCACCACCACCACCACCACCACCACAACCCUCAGCCUCGUCAUCCCCUCCCCAACCACCACCCAGGACCCAACCACUCCGUCUUCCCCUGCCUCCUCCCUCAACCCACACCACAGUUCGCCCAUGUUCGCCGCCCUCGCCGACCUGCCGAGCGCCAUGGCCCGAGGCGUCACCUUCGCCGCCGCCGCCCGCCGUCUCGUCGAGCAGCACGUCGCUGCCACCACCUCGCCGGGCUGGGUCGUGCGCCGCUUCGACGUCGGCUUUGCCGCGUCGUCCGCCCCGCCGCCGCCGCUGCUGCCCGGCCACGAGCUGACCGCCACCCUGACCACCACCACCACCACCACCAACAAGGCCAGCCGCACAGUCCACGUGUCCGUCGCUGGCGCCUCGUCCCCCACCGCGCUGCUCACAGCCGAGGCCGUCGUCGAGAACCCCGCCCUCGCCCUCGUCGCCGCCGCUGCCGCCUUCACCCCGCCGCCGCCAGAGCUGUGUACCAGCCCCGUACCGACGGCUCCCCCGGCCCGCAACGCCUCGCGGAGCCCGUCGUUCCGCCGCCCGCGCAUGCCGUCGUUCCGGCGGUCGUUUUCGCGGAGCUCUUCCUCUUCCCCAUCCUCUGAUCACCACCACCACCACCACCAUGACCACCACAACCACCAAGUGCCCCUCGUCAGCUUCGGCUUCGGCUUCGACGACGACGCUACCCCCACCCGCGCCGACCGCUUCCGCGGCUCGUGGGACCGCUGGAUGGGCCGCGCCGAGGUGGCCGCACCCGGCUUCGCCAUGGCCCGCGCCCCGGCGUCGGUGAUUCGUGUCUGA